AAAUUGGAAUCUCCAAAGAAGAGGCACUGGAAGCAUUACAGAUUGUGAGGCAGGAAUGUCACAGUGGUGCAGCAAGGACUGCUGGGGGGUCAGGAGCCACCAGGAAGUGCACAGCACUGGAACUGCUGGAAGAGGAGCAAACCCAGGGCUUCAUCAUCACCUUCUGUUCCGCACUCGACAAUAUUCUGGGAGGUGGUGUGCAACUAACAAAAAUCACCGAGAUCUGUGGAGCGCCGGGUGUUGGGAAAACACAGCUAUGUAUGCAGUUGGCAGUAGAUGUACAGAUCCCGGAAUGCUUUGGGGGCGUAGCUGGAGAAGCUGUCUUCAUUGAUACUGAAGGAAGCUUUAUGGUAGACAGAGUAGUGGAUAUUGCGACUGCCUGUGUGCAGCACUGCCAGCUUAUUGCUGAAGCUCAUCAGGAAGAAGAUCAUCUAAAAGCUUUGGAGACUUUCUCUCUUGAAAGUAUCCUUUCUCAUAUAUAUUACUUCCGUUGCCGUGACUACAUAGAGCUUCUUGCACAGGUCUACCUCCUCCCAGACUUUCUGUCAGAGCAUUCAAAGGUCCGACUGGUGGUAGUUGAUGGAAUUGCGUUUCCUUUUCGCCAUGACUUUGAGGACCUCUCCCUUCGCACACGGCUUUUGAACGGGCUGGCACAGCAGCUGAUCAUCAUAGCGAACGAUCACACGUCGGCGGUGGUCCUGACAAACCAAAUGACAACAAGGAUUGGACAAAGCCAGUCCACACUGGUACCUGCCUUAGGGGAAAGCUGGGGACAUGCUGCUACUGUCCGUUUAAUCUUCCACUGGGACAACACUCAGAGGUUGGCAACGUUGUACAAAUCCCCGAGUCAGAAGGAGUCAACCAUACCAUAUCACAUUACAUCUCAGGGCUUCCGAGAUGUGCAGCCUCCAGCUGUCACUCCAGAAGGUACGGACAGGAACCCUCGCAAACGGCCACGGAGAGAAGAGGAGAAGUAA